AUGGAACUAAAAAUAAAAACCCACCUAUCACUCCUCCUCCUCCUCUCCGUGGUCAUCGCCUGCGCAGCCCCAAUCCAGAGUCCGAUUUCGACCCUCCACACCCGCCAGGAACCAGGAGGAGAAGCAGAACCAGGAGCAGAAACAGAAGCAGAAGCAGAAGCAGAAGACCUGGACUCGCUGCUGCCGUCGCCGUUGGAUUCACCAUUGGACUUAUCGUUGCCUCCGUUGCCUAAGCCCGAGCCGCUAGACGUCGAUAGCAUGCUUGCGAAUUCGCCGCUUAGCGACUUUUAUAAGAUAAUCAAGGAGGAGGUUAAAGUUGAUUUGCCAAGUAUGAGGCAUAAGAAUCGGCCUAUAUGA